UUCUAAAAAUAUAAAUUGAAAAUUUUAAAAUAAUUUUCCAUGUGAAAUGUGGUUUAAAAGUAUUUAGAAUAUCUGCCGUGCGUUUUUUUUGCUGUUUACAGUUCAGAAAAAAAGAUAAAGUUAUAAGAAAUGCCUAUUACAUUAUGUAUUUUAAAUGUAAAGUGACUAAUGCUGAUUUCCUAUCCUAUCUUUGUGGUAUGGCAUUUUUGUUCACAUAAAUAGAUCUGUUUGUUUCAGUUUAUUCCUGUGCAUUUCGUGUUAUUCUAACAUUUUUUAAAUAUUAAUAAUAGCGAGUUUAAUUAAAUAUUUUAAACAGUUUUAAUCUAAUUUAAGUGAUUUUGUUAUUAGUUUUACGGCCUAGGUACUGAAACAAAUUUGAUUUUACUGUCUUCCUGAUUUAUAAGUUCGAGGAAAAAUUGGAUACCGAACCGAAAUUAAAAAUUAUACCUUGACUAAUUUUCAUAUUUCACCUUGAAUGUGUUUUAUUUAUAUUAAAGUUCCUACUUAAACUUAAAGAAUGUCGAAAUAAAAAUGAUAAAAAUAAUUUACCCAUGUCUCGGUGAAGUAUUGUUGGCACCACAUCAAAAAGUUAAUGAGUGAUGUAAUAUGUACAUAUUGGUUUUGAACUUAACCAUGGAAAUCAUUUGUUUUUUUCGCUAAUAGCAAUUUGGCUGUCGCUAAUAAUUAUAGGAUAAAUUAUGCUGACUGGGUGUUAUAAUAAUCCCAUUUGCAUGUAUUAACAGUUCUUUAAGGAAGUAAUUUUUCAAUAGCAAUAUUUUUAUUUUUAUAGUACCUUUUUUAUUGAUAAACGUUACAAAAUAGAGCAAUUUGCGAGGAAAUGAUCGAGAGAGUUAAUAUUUAAAUAACUUUAACCAAUAAAAUUGUAUAACCGAAUAAAUGCAUAUUAUGUAUCAACAAAAUGCAUCUUCUAAUUUGGUUAAAUUCAGAAAUUCUGCAUUAGGGAAGUCGGCCCCAUCAUUGUCCAUUAAUAUGAAAGAUGCGGGUUGCGUAAGUCGCAGGAAUAGCCGGCCUGCUGCAAUUCAUAGGUUAAGUUUUAUCGCUAAUACUUCUCCUGUACUCCCAAGAUCUCAUUCUCCUAUAUGUGGUAGCCCCAUCGAUAGCCCAAGAACCCACACAAGCUUCAUAAAUUUCUCAUUUGCACCUAUAAAAAGAAUUGUUGCUGGCUAUCGUGGAGAUGGAAGAAGGUGGUCGGUUGCUUCCUUACCCUCAUCCGGUUAUGGGACUACUCCCGGUAGUUCAAAUAUGUCAUCCAAGUGUUCUAGUCAGGAGAGAUUACACCAGUUACCGCAUAUUCCUACAUCCGAUGACAUCAGAAUGUUAACCCACCAUUUUUCUAGUAAUGAAAGUAAUGCCUCAUUACCAGGGGUUAGCUAUGAAGAAAACCCCAUUAGUAAUAGAUCGCCGUUGCAUAGACCAAGAUCAAGAAGUCUUAGUAGCCCCAGUAGGUCUCCGGUAAUUGACAACGAAAUUUGUAUGAUGAACGUCUUAUAUAAGGAACGUUUUCCAAAGGCCACUCAACAAAUGGAAGAGAGAUUAACUAACUUUAUCGAAGAAAAUAAAACAUUCGAUUUUGGGGAAGACUGUGAUUACUUGCCAAUUGUUCGUUUUGUUCACCAUCAAGUGUUGGAGAUGGCUAGAGAUUGUCUACACAAGUCGCAGACCAAACUAAUUACCAGUCGCUAUUUUUAUGAAAUGUCGGAAAAUUUGGAAAGGCUCUUAACAGAAACAAAAGAAAAAUCCGAAGAUGCAGCGAAUUUAGUGACGAGCUUUAUAAAGAAGCUGCUGCUGAUAAUAUCACGACCAGCUAGGUUAUUGGAAUGCCUAGAAUUUGACCCGGAAGAAUUUUACCAUUUCUUAGAAGCCGCGGAAGGUCAGGUUAAAGGGGUGCAAGGCAUCAAAGCGGACAUCCCUCAGUACAUCAUCCAGAAAUUGGGUUUAAAUAGAGAUCCCAUAGCGGAACUGCAACAGGAGCUGAAGGAUUGCAACUGGUCGAAUAAUUCUUCCAGAUCCUCACUUUGCCUCUCGUCCACGCCUACCAUUAAGAAAUCCUUAUCAAACCCAAACGAGCAAGACUUCGAAGUCGUAAAACUAGUUUCAAAUGGUGCUUACGGAGCCGUUUAUUUAGUUAAGCAUAAACAAACACGACAACGAUUCGCAAUGAAGAAAAUCAAUAAAAACAAUCUUAUGCUGAGGAAUCAGGUCGAACAGGUGUUCGCGGAAAGGGAUAUUUUGAGUUUUGCCGAUAACCCGUUCGUUGUCAGUAUGUACUGCAGCUUCGAAACUAAAAAGCAUUUGUGCUUGGUUAUGGAAUAUGUGGAGGGGGGCGACUGCGCUAGCUUGAUUAAAAAUAUAGGCCCCCUUCCCGCAGACAUGGCUAGAUUUUAUUUCGCUGAGACUGUUUUGGCUGUCGAAUAUUUGCACUCGUAUGGAAUCGUUCAUAGAGAUUUGAAACCUGACAACCUUCUUAUCACUGCCUUAGGCCAUAUUAAAUUAACGGAUUUCGGUUUGAGUAAAAUGGGCCUCAUGUCGUUGGCCACAAACUUGUAUGAGGGUUACAUAGAUUCCGAGUCGCGUCAGUUUUCCGACAAACAGGUGUUCGGUACCCCAGAAUACAUCGCCCCCGAAGUUAUACUGAGACAAGGUUACGGUAAGCCGGUGGACUGGUGGUCUAUGGGGAUAAUUCUCUAUGAAUUUCUCAUCGGCUGUGUUCCGUUCUUUGGUGACACUCCUGAAGAAUUAUUCGCCCAUACCGUCCAAGACGACAUCGAGUGGCCGGAGAACGAGGACUGGCCCGUACAAGAAGAAGCAAAGGAUCUUAUAACAACGUUGUUGCAACACUCGCCGAGGGACAGAUUAGGCACGGGCGGUGCUCACGAGGUUAAAGAACACGUGUACUUUUACGGCCUGGACUGGAAUUCGUUGCUCCGGCAGAAAGCGGAGUUUGUUCCACAGCUCGAACACGACGAAGAUACCAGUUACUUUGACAGUCGUGUCGAUCGGUAUUCCCAUGAAUUAGAAGAUGAUACCGACGAUACCGAUGAUUCCCCUGUUUUUGGAUUAUUUUCGUCUUGUUCGCCGCAGUACAGGAAGGUGUCUAAACUCAGUUCUACUAGUACAGAGGUGGAGAUAGGGCUUGUUCCGAAAGCUCUUAAAAUUACAGCGUCGAUCAGUUCAACUUCGGAUACUUCGGAAAGUGGUGGAUUUAAGCCUAAACUUAAGGCUUGCAGUAGUUUACAGUUGCAAGCACUGGAUAAGGAUAAAUCUGCACCUACGGAACACAGAAAAAUUUCUUUAGAUUUGUCCUUGUGCGCAAUUAGUACACCGGAGUCGUCUCAGACGGACAGCGACGACGUGUCCCCACAGAUUAACAGAAGAAGGAAAGCGGCUCACUCUCGCGACAUCUUGCCAAAAUUCUCAAUUUCCGUCGAGGACGAGAACAGCAGUUUAGAAACCGGAACUUCCUCGUCCGAGAACAGGGAACAUUCGCCGCUCGGCCGAAUUCAAACCACAAAUUUACCGGCGGUGAAGCAUAAAUCGAGAUCUGUCGUUAAAAGCGCUUCCGCUUCAGGUUUAUCUCUUAUGAUACCAUCCGAUGAAUUCCAGACGACGUCACACGGUAUCCAUUCUCCUAGCGGUGGAGGGGGUUCUAGUACCGCAAGUUCACGGGAUACUUCACCGUGUCGCGAAUUGUCGCCCUUAGUAACUAGUCUGAAGCCUCCAAUAAUUAUUCGGAGAGGACCAAAAGGAUUUGGCUUCACUGUACAUACAAUUCGUGUAUAUUACGGUGACACCGAUGUGUACACGAUGCAUCAUCUAGUAAUGGCGGUGGACGAAAGGAGUCCAGCGUUCGAGGCGGGCCUGAGGCCGGCGGACCUAAUAACACAUAUCAACGGCGAGACCGUACAGGGUCUCUAUCACACCCAGGUGCUGCAACUGCUCUUAGGCGGCGCAGAACAUGUUAGUUUACGGGCCACCCCUCUGGAUCAAACAUCCAUCAAAACUGGCGGGCGUAAAAGGGAACCCGGACAGAGCAAACUGGCGAAAAGGAGUUUAAAUAGACAGAAGAAGCAGAAGAGGGAGAGCGAUAAGAGAAGGAAGACGUCGUUGUUCAGGAGGAUCAGUAGCAAAAGGGCUAGCGUGGAAAUGCAACAGAUGGCUGCCAACAUACAAUCACCAGUAAGCGUGACUCCUAGCAGGAGCUUUCAGUCGUUCCCCAGAAGCGGAGAAAGCAACUUCUCAACGUCGACCGUAAGAAACUGCGGAGCGAACCGGUCGAGUUUAUCCCCUUCGGAUUCAUUUUCUCAACACUCAAAUAACUCCUCCUCUCAAACGACAUCAUCAGGGAGUCCAUCCCCUACGACCGCACCAAACAGCCGUAAUAACAAACAACAUUACCAGCGACCUUCCACUUUGCACGGCUUAAAACACAAAUUGCAUUCCACAGGUUGCCCAAAAGCUCUACACACGUCCGGCCCGUCUUGCUCAGCAUCUGUUCCUAACAGGAGAAAAUCCGUCGGACACAUUCCCCUCUCUCCUCUGGCCCGUACGCCGUCCCCCUCCCCGCUACCGGCCUCCCCGACGAGAUCCCCGAGCCCUCUCGCCUUUCCCAUCGGACACCAACCGGGAAGUUCCAAUACCACCCAGUCGUACAGUCCUAGCGCUGGUUCCGCUCCGAUAGCGGUAAGCGGUCAGUCGAAAAAGGGUUUCGUUCGGCCGAAGGGAGCAGAACCCGGAUCGCCGCUUUUGCGCAGGGCGCUGUCUCCGGAUAGGUUACAUCCCCGUAGUGCUGAAAAUAAAUGUUCUAUUUCCCCAUUAUGCUCGUCGGGGAGUACAUCUUCGCCUAGCGUUAAGGCUCAAGGAAGGGUCGUGGGCACUUCGACAGUGUGGAGACCGAACUCGCAGCCUGAAAGGGAUAAAGAUUCUGACACGGAUAAUUCUCAGUCGAGCGAUUUAGGUUUAAAUUCGUCCACGUCGGAGAACCGUUUGUCUCUGAAUCUCUCCGGUCCGGGUGAGUUUCUGCCGAGAAUAGCUGAGGAAAAAGAUUCCCCUACGAAUGGUCAAGAAGGGAAAGAGAAAUGUGAUAAAAGUUUAGAAAUUAACAAAAUUAAGACAGUGCAGGAAAAUAUUAAACACGAAGUGAAAGUCGAGUCUGGGAGUUCUUCGAAGGGCACUGAUUCACAGACGACAAAAAUUUGUGAUAAAAACCAGAGUGAGUUAGAGAAAGAUAAGAAAGAGAGUAUUGGAAAAAUUUCGCAGAAGGAUAGUAAGCCGCCAGUUGGGGAAAGCGCCGCAAUUACUAGCAAAAUAAAAUCUGAAGGAAAAAGCAAAGAAAGUAAAAAGGAAGAUAAAAUCAGUGGUAAGCCACCACCAAAGUAAAAUUGUAGGGUCUAACGCUGCAUUAACUUUUUGUUGAAAUUCUAUAAUUUUUAGAAUAAAACUGUUUUUUUUAUGUUUUUCACCUUUCCUAAUUAAUUUGAGAUGUAUUAUGUGUACCCUUUGUCUAAAGAAUGUAUAAUACUGUUUAAAGUGCAAGUAUUUAAAUUUUUCUUGAGGAGUAUUUCAACUUAUACGUUGCGUUAUUAAAGACUGAACACAUUUAUUCGCCAUUUUAGUUGAUAAGGUGGUGGUGCGCUUUCAGCAGUUAUCAUUUAAUCCCAUUCUGUUGAAUGUAAUGUUGCUUUUUUAUUUCACAUGAUGUUGCAUCCAUCAAAUCUUAACUACAUCGCUAAGUCUUAUGCAGGUUGCUCUUUAUCAUGUACUGUAUAUGCUCAAGGUUAGAUAAAUAGGAGGCAACAUUCCGUCCAACAUAUUUUAAUUUACUUUGUUUUUAUUUAGCUUUUUAAAUUCCCAGCAGGUAGUCUUUGACGACCUGGUAAUAAUGUCUGUAAUUUAAAUACUCCAUUAUAAUUAAAAAAAUGUGAUGUUAGAUGUACCUUUGUAUUAAAAUUUUAAACUAUCCUUUUUUAUUUUUAGGAAAGUCUGUUCUUUUUAAUAUUAAUUUUAAACUAUAAUCAUUUACUUUGUUCAGUUGCAAAGAUUAUUAUAAACUUACACACCCGCUGAGUUGUUAGUAAAUAGAAGUUGCUUUUCUUUUCUCUUAGACGCUAAAAGAAAACCAAUGGUUUUUCAGAGGUUGGAAUUCUACGAGUACAUGAUAUAUUCAAAGUGUAAUUAAACCUAAAUAGUAUAUGUGACUAUAAUAUUGCUUUUUAUGUUUUUGUUGGAUCUCGAGUUCCUUAAUGAGGGCACUUUGCAAUAUGAUUACAAGGCAACUUUUUUACUGUUUCGGAAUUCGUACUAAAUAUUGCGUAUAUCAUUAAUUUCUUUUGUACUGGCAAGCUUGUAUUAUGUAUAUAUUUUUUGGGCUUAGAACGAAUUGGACUAGUUUUUCUAUUAAUUAUUAUAAAUGUGUGCCGGGAUUACAAAUCCUAGGACAAACUUUAUUAACAACGUACGCGAUUUAAAAUUUUAUGGAACACGUUCCCACAUGGGCCAAGGAAAUAUAGCUAAAAAAUGAAUUUUAUUUUUAAACACUUCACAGUGAUAAUAUAUUUCAUAAAAUUCUUGACAAAGUGACUGUUAAUCAGCAUUAUAUCAAAAGUUAGAAUUAUUAGAAAAAUUCUUGCAAACGUGUUCUAACCCUUAUCGAUAUAGUUCUCUAUGUACUUAAUUGAAUUUGUUUAAAACAGUUUUUUCUUAAUAUACAUUCUUGAAAAUUGUGAUUUUGAUAUUUGUAAUUAAAAAUGUU